AAUUUCUACAAGGAGAUUGAGCGAGAAGAAAUGUAUAUAAGGUAUUUGUACAAGCUGUGUGACCUGCACAAAGAGUGCGAUAACUACACGGAAGCUGCCUACACCUUACUUCUGCAUGCAAAGCUCCUGAAGUGGUCGGAAGAAGCCUGUGCCGCACAUCUGACCCAGCGGGAUGGAUACCAGGCUGCUACUCAAGGACAGCUGAAAGAUCAACUCUAUCAAGAAAUUAUCCAUUACUUUGACAAGGGCAAGAUGUGGGAAGAGGCCAUUGCCUUGGGUAAAGAACUUGCAGAGCAGUAUGAAAAUGAAAUGUUUGAUUAUGAACAACUCAGUGAACUGCUGAGAAAGCAAGCCCAGUUCUAUGAAAACAUUGUGAAAGUGAUACGACCAAAACCCGACUACUUUGCGGUUGGAUACUACGGCCAGGGCUUUCCGACGUUCAUAAGGAACAAAGUCUUCAUUUACCGGGGCAAGGAGUACGAGCGCCGCGAGGACUUCGAAGCGAGGUUAUUGACUCAGUUUCCAAACGCCGAAAAAAUGAAGACGACGUCUCCCCCGGGUGAUGACAUUAAAAACUCCUCCGGUCAAUAUAUCCAGUGCUUCACCGUAAAGCCCAAACUGGAUUUGCCAUCGAAAUUUCACAGGCCGGUGUCAGAGCAAAUCGUCAGUUUCUAUCGGGUGAACGAAGUGCAACGGUUUGAAUAUUCGCGCCCGGUUAGGAAAGGAGAGAAAAACCCGGACAACGAAUUUGCGAAUAUGUGGAUCGAGAGAACCAUCUACGUGACGGCAUAUAAAUUACCAGGGAUUCUGAGGUGGUUUGAAGUCAAAUCCGUUUUCAUGGUUGAAAUUAGCCCGCUGGAAAACGCCAUAGAAACCAUGCAGCUCACAAAUGACAAGAUCAAUAACAUGGUGCAGCAGCAUUUAAAUGAUCCAAACCUCCCCAUCAACCCUCUCUCGAUGCUGCUGAACGGCAUCGUGGAUCCUGCAGUCAUGGGAGGGUUCACCAACUACGAGAAGGCUUUUUUUACUGAAAAGUACAUGCACGAGCAUCCGGAAGAUCACGACAAGAUUGAGAAGCUGAAGGAUCUGAUCGCCUGGCAG